AUGUCAUUCAAAGGUAUCAAGAAAUCAAUUGUACGUGCCCCACAAAGUUUCCGUCAAAAGAUGAAUAUGGGAGAAAUCACUCAUGAUGCAGUUUAUCAAGAUGCUGAACGUAGAUUUAAAGAAAUUGAAAUUGAAACUAAAAAAUUAAGUGAUGAAUCUAAGAAAUAUUUCACAGCCAUAAGUGGUAUGCUUGAUGAUCAAAUUGAAUUUUCAAAAGCAAUUGAAGAAAUUUAUAAACCAAUAAGUGGUAGAUUAUCUGAUCCAAAUUCAACAGUACCUGAAGAUAAUCCAGAUGGUAUAUUAGCAGCAGAACAAUAUAGAGAUCUUGUGAAAGAAUUAAAAGAAAUUUUAAAACCUGAUUUAGAAUUGAUUGAAAAAAGAAUUGUUGAACCAGCUCAAGAAUUAUUAAAAGUUAUUAAUUCAAUUAGAAAAAUGGCAACAAAAAGAGAUCAUAAACAAGUUGAUUUGGAUAGAUACAAGAGAAAUUAUACAAAAUAUGAACUGAAAAAGGAAAGAACUGCUAAAGAUGAAGAAAGAAUGUAUAAUGCAGAAGCUGAACUUGAAGUUGCUCAACAAGAAUAUGAUUAUUAUAAUGAUUUAUUAAAAAAUGAAUUACCUGUUUUAUUUCAAAUGCAAAGUGAUUUUAUAAAACCAUUAUUUGUUUCAUUUUAUUAUAUGCAAUUAAAUAUUUUUUAUACAUUAUAUAAUCGUAUGGAUGAAUUAAAAAUUCCAUAUUUUGAUAUGAGUUCAGAUAUUGUUGAAACUUAUCAUAAAAAAAAGGGUAAUAUUGAAGAACAAACUGAUGCAAUUAGUAUUACACAUUUUAAAGUUGGUCAUGCAAAAUCAAAAUUAGAAGCAACAAGAAGACGUCAUGCAACAAUGACAAGUCCAACUACUUCUCAUAAUGAAUUACCUGCUUAUCAAAGUAAUACUGCUCCUGUUGGUUAUAAUCCAGAUUAUAAAAGUCCAAGUUAUGGUUCACCAGAACCAAAUCAAUAUCAACAACAACCACCACCAAAUCAAUAUCAACAACCACCACAACAAGGAUAUCAAGGAUAUCAAACACCUCAAAAUACUUAUCAACAACCACCACCACAACAACAACAACAACAAUAUGGUGGUGGUGUUAAUACAUCAGCACAAUCACCACCACCCCCUCGAUAUAUGAGUUCACCACCACAAUCAGCAACUUCUUCUGGUCAUGAAACUUGUAUUGCACUUUAUGAUUAUAAUGCUCAAGCACAAGGUGAUUUAUCAUUUCCUGCAGGUGCAACUAUUGAAAUUUUAAAUAAAGAAGAUCCAGGUUGGUGGAUGGGUCAAUAUAAUGGUCAACAAGGAGUUUUUCCUUCAAAUUAUAUAAAAAUGUAG